GCCAGCCGCUGCUGAUUGUUCCGGUGUGCGGCGAACCUGACGCACCGUCAGCGAGGCUGCUUUUGACGACCAUGGUGCGCGCCCGUCACUUUCUACUCCUGGCGGCGUUGGCAUGGGCCACCUCCUCGGGCGGCGCUCAGCAGCCGGAGGACUCCUGUCCUCCCGAGGACAGCUGUCGGCCGGGCGCUUCCGAACCUGUCUGCAGCGGGCGUGGCACGUGCGAGUGCGGCGCCUGCGCCUGUGACGUCCGCCCGAAUCCCAGCGAGCGGUACAGCGGCGUCUUCUGCGAGUGCGACAACUUCUCCUGCUCCCGGCGGGACGGCCAGCUCUGCGGUGGCUCAUCCAGGGGCCAGUGCGUCUGUGGCCUCUGCCGCUGUGCUCCGGGCUGGACCGGGGAGGCCUGUGGAUGUUCGACUGACACCGACACUUGCGUCCAGCCCGGGUCGGAUCGCGUGUGUUCGGGCCGCGGCACCUGUGUCUGCGGCCAAUGCAGCUGCAGCAGUCACGCCGGCGAGGCCUACUCCGGACGCUUCUGCCAGACGUGCCCGACGUGCGCCGGCAGCUGCGUCACACUGAAGCCCUGUGUAGAGUGUCGGGCCUUUAACGCCGGCCCGCACAAAGACAACUGUGAUGCCCAGUGCGGCUCUGUUCGGCAGCUCAAGCGCGUCACCAACCUCACUGUCGCGGACGCCUCGGAGCAGCUGUGCCACUUCGUGACUGCUGACGGCUGCCGGUACCGAUUCGUCGCCACGGCGGUCGGCGCCGUGCGCGUGGCGGCGGAGCUCCAGUGCCCCCCGGGCGUGUCCCACGGCUGGCCCUCGCCCCAAAGGGCGGCCGGAACAGCGGCCGCGCCUGUCACGCUUGCGACGGCGUCGGCGGUGCUUUUUGCCUGCCUGCUGCGCUAGUGCGAAGAUGGUUUUUACUGCCGAGUCGAGUGGUGUAAAAAGGAAUGUGUGAUGGGACAAAGCGUCGCGCUUCGUCGCGCAGUGGGGCGGGCGAUGUCUUUGAAGGCUUGUUUGUGAUCGAUAUUUCUGCGAAGCACUCGAUCCGUGCGUCAAAAAAACUGCCGCCGGCCCGUACAGCACGGGCAGGCGACAACCACAAGCUGGUCGUCCAAUCGUGGUCGUUCAUUUGUGUCAGAAGCCAAGAGCCCAAAAACGAAAGUUUGCAUCCAUCGAUUUUCUAUCCAGUUUUUGUUGCUUUCUGGUGGCUUUAACUCCCUCUCUCUGUCUCUAUCUCCGUCUAUCUGUCUGUCUGUCUGUCUGUUUGUCUGUCUGUCUGUCUGUCUGUUGU